AUGAAAUCGUACCAGCCCAACGAUGCCAGCUGCAGGUCCGAGUCUGAGCCCAAGGGUGCGCAGGAAGGCCAUAGCGCCACCCGCAGGAGGAUCGCCGCUAAUGCGCGGGAAAGAAAACGCAUGCUGGGCCUCAACUCGGCCUUUGAGCAGCUCCGCGGGGUGGUACCACGCUGGGGCCAGGACAAGAAGCUCUCCAAGUACGAGACGCUGCAGAUGGCGCUGAGCUACAUCCUGGCCCUCAGUCGCAUCCUGACAGAGCCUCGGGGCCGUGGGGCCCCUCAGCUCCGGCUGGGGCAGCACAUAGAGAACCAGCAGCCAGAACAUGGUGCCCACUACACAGGGAACAGCUCCCCUAGAGGCGAAAGGAGUGAAUGCAUCUACUCUGCUUAUGCCUACCAGUGCGAUGGCUUCUAUAUCAGUGGCUAG